AUGGAAGAAGAGGUUUUAUCUCGUGGAAGAGUUGUUGGACCAUUUAUUAUAGAUGAGUUACUUGAAAAAGGAGAUACUUGCAAUAUUUACAUUGCGACAGACCCAAAUACUCGUAAAAAAUAUGUAUUAAAAUUAGAAUCAAUCGAUUCGAAAGCAAAAACACUCGAAAUUGAAUUAGAAAACUAUGCCCUAUUAAAAGGCUCAAAGUAUUUCCCUAUUAUUCACUCAAACGGAUCAACACAAAAUUGGCGCUACAUUUCAAUGGAAUUGUUAGGUCCAACUAUUGAAAAAUUCCAAACAAUUCUUAAAGGUAAAACGUAUUCAAGAGAAUCUACCGUUAAAAUUUCACGCCAAAUGCUAUGUUGCAUCCAAGAAUUGCAUGAGAAGAAUAUUAUACACGGAGAAAUACAUUCCAAGCAUUUUGUUAUCAAACCUGAUGCCACAUUUCCAAUUACAUUAUUAGAUCUCAAUAAAGCUUGGCUAACAACGUCAAGACCGCCGCCAAAGCAGAAUACGAAGAAGAAAAUACAUCAGGAUAAGAUAUAUUCCCGUAGAAACGAUCUUCUCAAUUGGUUCUACACAACUUUGAUAUUAAUUGACGGAAAAUUACCAUGGAGCUCGCUUACAGAUCAUAAGAAGAUAGAACAGAUGAAGAAUACAGUUACUAUACCACAAUUAUGCGCUUCUCUUCCAGAUGAUUAUCAACAAAUUUAUUCUUACAUUAUUAACCUGAAGAACGACGAGAAACCAGACUACAACAGAAUACUUCAGCUCAUUAAUACAGCCAUGAUAAAAGCACGCUCCGAUCAGUCAGAAUUCGAGUGGAUUACAAUGGAUAGCAUGGAUGUUGCUGCUAUUUCAAAAAUAGACCUUGUUCCACAAGUUACAUCACGUCCAAACUAUAAGACAAGCGAUCCACUGCCAAAACCAUUCUACAAAACAACAGUUAUUGAUGAUACGAUCAUGCCGCCACGAAAGAAGCAACAAAUAGUCAACCAUGCACACCCUGAGGACCUUAAGCAACUUAAUGUUGAAGCAUAUAGGACACAACUUCCAGAAGAUCCAUUUCCAAAGGGUUAUGUUGGAAAACUCCCUGAAAGUCCAAAGAAGGAAGAAGCUCCACAGCGUAAGCCAUUCUAA